UUGUAGUAAAUUGAUUUUCAUAGCAGUUUUGAAUGCUUCAAUAAUGGGUGUGAACAUAAUACACAGAUUUAAGAAUCCUGCAGAGAAAAGUGAAAAGGCAGCAAUUCAAAACUAGCAUAAAAAUACUGCUGGAUUAUUAAGUAUUUAGCAGCCAAAUACAUCUCUUUAAGCAAACAAAUGGGUCAUAAUGUGCUCCAUUGAGGUUUACUAAACUGACCAGCUCUCGACAGUUGACCUAUUUAAAGGUUUGUACAUCUGAUGAAUCGAAAGGACAAAGCACACCUUUCUAUUUCAGUUUUCUCGGAGGCCUAGCCCUGCACACCGGUACCACUGGGUUUUUGUCUGUAUACUUCCUGUCACAGAUCGGCGUCUUUGAAGUGGUUUUUGUGUCAGCACAGAACAGCCUAUUAUUGUAGUGACCAACAAGUGAUGCUGGAGUGGAGGAAAUUACAGACAGCAUGUAUAGCAGCCAUAUGACAUAUGGCAAUAAGGUGUGCGGAUAUCACUCUAAUCACUGUCCUUCUUAUUCUCCCUCACACACCAGGACAUGCGUGGGAUUUACAUGCAAUGUGCCACAUCAGUAUAUGUUAUAAAUGAGGGCUGUGAAACUGUCCAUGUUUUAAACUACAUUUAAAGAACAAAAUUAUUAAAAUAAACAAUAAACAGUAUAUAUAAUAAUACUAAUACAAAUCCUUUAACAUCCAUCAAAGCAAGCCAUAUAUCCCCAUAAUCAAUGAACCAAUAAGAGAAAGAGACAAGUUAAAUGGGAGGGACUCUACAGACAAAUUAGAAAACCACCCUGUCUCGCGGACAGAUAUGUCACUUUGCAAGUACUUUCACAGUCAUGAUGCAAAGUAGCUCAUCUUUUUUCAGGGACAACAUUCACCAAAACCUCGAUUUUUAAAAUAACUACACAAUCCUCCGAAAUGAUCCGAAUCAACAACACCCAAUACUUCCACUUCUUGCAGCAGGCCGAUGCCUUACGGCGCUCGGGGUCACUGUGCGAUGCCAUAAUCUCAGUAAAGAGUCAAACUUUCAGGGCUCAUCGGCUAGUGCUGGCUUGUGCCAGCAGAAGACUAGCGCAGCAGCUUGCCCAGGUGGACGCAGACAGCCCGGCCCACUGCACGCUGGAGUAUUUCUCACCACGCACCUUCCAGCAAGUUCUGGACUUCACCUACACACAGACUCUGGAUGUAUCUGUGGAUGACCUUCACUUGCUGCUGAAAGCUGCUCAGCUGUUAGAGAUGGAGCAGCUGGAGGACCAGUGCCGAAAGCAGCUGGGAAACCUCGACUAUGGAGCCGCAGAGGGUGCAAACACAGCAGACAGAGCGGACGACAAAGACAGUGCAGAGGACAAAGAUCGAAAGCAAAACAGGAGUCCGGUUCAAGAGGACAGACUCCAAGAGACUUCUUCCCCGGCAGAGAAAGCAAGCGACUGCAUUGUCCUGGAAAGCCCCUCUGAUCCUGCCGAGAAACCCAACAUCCGGCCACGUCCGAGAAAGAUGCCGUGGCACAGGGACAGUGUAAUCACUCGGCCCCCGGGCAGCAGUCCCUAUUUAUCUUCCCCCUGGAUUUUCCCCACAAACAUGUGGAGCUCCGUGAGCACGCUGAGGCGGAUGGCUGAGAACUAUCCAAGCUUAAUUGCCACUCCAAACCCCUCCACCGUAGCAUACCCGUUCUGCCUCUCCGCCCCCAACGUGUUCCCUGUCCUCCGGUCUCAUUUUCAAACCCCUGUUCAGAGCUCUGUAAUGGGUUCAGGCUUUUAUCCACAUUACACCCAAAACCUUUGCAAUAGGCCUACGGGUAUGGGGAGCGUUAUCAAGCAAAGCCUGUUGAAAAGAAGAAAAAACAGCCAAAGAGAAUUUACCAGCGUCGUUCAAGCCAGUGAGCUCAGUAACCCUGAGAUCCCCCAAACCAGCAGAGUGAGAGUUGAAGACUGCCAACACUGCAGUGCAAGGCUCCUUGGGGCUCCAGCUUCCACACCACCAGGUGAGGCCUGUGCGGGGUGUCAAUUCUGUGGAAGAGGAGAUGUUUCACUGCAUGAACCACAAUCACAUCAACAAGAACCCAGAGUAGAAAAACCCUACCAAUGCCAACACUGUCCCAAGACGUUUAGUCUGAAGCAUCAACUGGACACACACCACCGAGUUCACACUGGAGAGAAACCCUUCGAGUGUCGUCUCUGUGGUCAGCGUUCCCGGGACUACUCUGCCAUGAUCAAGCACCUGCGGACUCACGGUGGGGCCACGCCAUACCAGUGCACAGUGUGCCUGGAGUUCUGCAACAGCCUGGUCGCCAUGCAGAGACACCUCAAGAGCCAUGAAGUGCGGGACUUCCCUCCCGAUUGGAGCAUCGACCGCACCUACCUGUACAAUUCACACAUCUGAGGCUCACAGAGCCGUCCACGAGAACUUCUCAUUUAGUGCCUUUCAUGUACUAACAGAGGUAUACCUUUGUUUUUCUUAAAGGUAAAUCUCAGGUGAUUUUCGAAAAAGCAGAAAGGUCCUUUAACAACACAUUUUUUUAAAGUUACAAUAAUAUACACUAGAUGCACAAACUAGGGCUUUCACAGGUUUCGCAAUGAUUUCGAUGGAAACUGAAAUUGAAAAAACUCGGGAAGUGCUUAGCAUUUCACAAUUGGCCACGCAUUAGGGCCACAUCACCAGUUCCUCCACCUCAAAUGACGCAGACAACUUCCCUCUUACUUUCAGAAUGAUUUGACUGUGUAAACUUUGGAUAUUGCUCAGUGGUUUUGAGCGCCCUCGUCGGGCAACGGGACGGUACUGUAACAGUAUGGGUCUUCUUUCUGUUGAGCUGAGAAUAUGUUUAGGACAAAAGAGUAUUUCCACUAAGUGAUGGAACAUUUAAACAGCAAACAUUAAAUGAAAGAAUUCCUCUCCGCUUUUCACAAUUCAAAUUAAAGCGUCUCUAUUUAUUCCCUUUAAAACAGGAACAGUUGUGAUUGUGUCAUUCUGCCAAAGGAAACGGGUAAAAGGCUUUUCUCCAGUGAGGCAAGAUAAUUUUAAACUUGACCAUGUGAGGAUCUGCACAAUCCCACAUAUGGUCACAUUAAAACCUUUAAGCAGGCCUUGAUUCAUUUGACAUUGUGACCAAAGAAUGCGGUGAGUGACUUGCAGUAAAUGCCCCUGGAUAACUCAAUAAACUGCUGUGAUUCAAUGAGCCAACAACAGCAGAGCUCCGGCAGCCUGUUGUGCCUUUCUCGUUUGUUACAAACAUUUGUACAGCUUUUUCUUCAGUCUCAGUCACUUGUCGCGGUUCAAAAGUAGGGACAGACGGACUAAAUGCCAAGUAUUUACCUACUAUACCUCUCUAAAAACACCACACAAGUUAUAUGACUGUUAAAUUAUGCCAGAUGUCCUCAUGUACAGUGUGUAUGCAGUGUGUAACCAUGCAUGUUGUUUCCUAGAGUGAGCUACUGAAAGAUAUUUUCUGAAUUGUACUGCGUUGUCUUGUCGUAAACUCAUUUAUGGCGUUGUAUGGAUUCAUUUGAUGUCAGUGCUGUGUUUAGCUUUAGUUUUAGCUUUUUCUGCCUGCACUUAAAGGCCUUAUCAGAUGAUUUAGUAUUUUAGUCUUGGUUUUGAGUUGAGUCCUUCUUGGAACCGUACGUUGGUUCUGAGAUGUUCAGUUCUUUCCUCUCUGCAGAAACUGUAAAUAAAGAUGGCCUUGUUCAAGUUC